AUGACUGCUGUCGCUACCCCUCGCGCUUCCACGCCGCGCCCGAAAGCCCCCGCGACAGUAAGCUUCGCGAACGAAACCGCCUCCGCCUCCCCGUCACCUAUUCCCGGUGCCGAGCGAUCCCGUCCCCCGAUACAGUCAAAUCCUUCGAAUCGCCGGUCUGCUCGCUCCGUCCCUACGGACUUUCUCUCUGAUAAGGCCACCGCCGCCUUCAUCCGGCGCGUGCUAUGCUCCCAGCACUUAUCCGACAAGGGAAGAACCACUCCGCCUCCCAUUGAGGAGCUGUUACCGCCUUUGACGAGCCGGAACGAUGUUGACCUGCAACUUUACGCUCUUAUCGCCGUAAUAUUGAGGGAAUAUGUACAGGCGUGGUAUAGCAAGAUCACUCCGGAUGAGGCUUUUGUUGAAGAAAUCGUUCACAUAAUUGCUCACUGUACAAGAGCCCUGGAGCAACGACUGCGAAAGGUGGACUUGGAAAGCCUUCUGUUUGAUGAAAUUCCUGACUUGUUGGACAGACAUAUACUCGGUAAGCAUGUAUUCUGCCUGUCUGUUUCGGCAUUCAUUGACCGUGUCUCAUCAGCAUACCGCGCAGCGCAUGAACCUGUAGCGAGGCCUCCAACUGAGAUAGACCCGCGAGUGGUCUACCACGCACUUUGCCCCAUAGCCCCCUUGUCACCAAUACCACGGUCGGAAGACCCUGAGGCUACCACGAAGCAGCAGGAGAACGAAGCACUCUAUCGCCAACUCUUGGUGCAAGGCGUUCUAGCCAUUCUCUUACCAACAGAGGACCUCGAAAACGACUGCCUUACAUCCUUAGUCGGUCAAAUCUUUUCCGAGCUUAUCAUUGGCAACGUUUUGGUCAACCGACUGUCGCAACCAUGGCUUAUUUACGAACUAUUUAUUAUUAUUACACGAGUGCUUGAGAGGACACCAUUGGAGCCCGUCGAGGAGGGUGUCGCAGAGGCGAUGCAGAGCAGUUCAGCAGCCCCCCUGGCUCGUCGCAGUUGGUCCAUACAAGAAGCAUUCUGGUCAUUUGUACACUGGUUCUUCCUCGCAUUCGCAAUGAUCCGCUUCUUCGUCACAACUGUUGCCAUGUCUUCAUCCUUGCCUCCAAGGUCAGCAAACGCCUCUAAUGAGAAGCAUGAGGUGACUGGUCAAAUAUCAGUUUCAAUGACACCAAAAGCCCUGGCUGCUUCAGACGAGACACAGCCAGUGAAGACUCCCAUCGUUGCCUUCAAGCUGUGGACCUGCAUAUCGGACUUGAUCGAAAUGGACGCUCGCAUGCCUUGGUUAAGCGGAACACUGUCGAUGAUUCAACUUGGAGCCAUGGAUGGUCCAGGCUGCCUCGCCGGGCUUAACGGACCCUUAGAUAGGUAG